UCUCCAGUCUCCUCCUUUUGCGGCGAGCGUUCUGUGUCCUUCCUCUCUCGGGCUUCUCUGCUUCUUCUCCCCCUUUCACUUCCUUUUUUUAUGCCUGACAAUCACCGCAAUUUCUUUCUUAUUUUCACUCUUUGGUCCGAAAAUAGAAAAGGUUUUGCAGUAAAAAUUCUGUUCAUUCCAGAUGCUUGUUUAUCAGCCUAUGAAGAGAAAAAUUCCUCCAACACCCUCCUUGUACCUAUCUCAUUGACCUAGUUCGCCGCAUUUUGCUCGGAGUGUGGUUGGUUUGGAUUUCUUGCUUUGACCAAAAUAGUCCACGCAAAAGGAGCUUAGGCAGAAGAAAUGCUGUCUGCUAAAUCCCUCCCUCUCUCUUCCCCUUUGAUAAAAGCAUCCAAAUCUCCUGAUGCUAAUCUCACCUCAAAAUACUACAUAGGCAUCAACAAAUGGAGUAGGAAUAAGUAUACCAAUCCUUCUCUUAGUUUUCAGAGCUCCUGCCGCGAGACUUCAUCAGAACCAGUAGUUGUACCUGAAGCACGUUCCAUGUCAGCACAAAACAGAGGCGAUUUCCUUUCGGAGGCGCUGCCUUAUAUACAAAAGUUCCAUGGCAAGACAAUUGUGGUCAAAUAUGGAGGUGCAGCCAUGGCGUCUGAGGCCCUUCAAGCAUCUGUAAUAUCUGACUUGGUUCUUCUCCAAUUUGUUGGUAUUCGCAUUGUCAUGGUCCAUGGUGAGGGUCCUGAAAUCAACCAGUGGCUUGGUAGGAUGGGCAUGGAGCCCAAGUUUGUGAAUGGACGUCGUGUCACUGAUGGAACAACCAUGGAAAUUGUUUCGAUGGUAUUGGCGGGUAAAGUUAACAAACAUCUUGUUACCUUAAUCAACAAGGCAGGGGCUUUUGCUGUUGGCUUAUCUGGUAUGGAUGGCCGUCUUUUGACUGCCAGGCCUUCCCGAAAUUCUGCUCAGCUUGGCUUCGUUGGUGAUAUAGCCACUGUGAACCCCACAGGGCUUCGAGCACUCAUUGCCAAUGGUGAUAUCCCAGUCAUUGCCUCUAUAGCUGCUGACAAGACAGGCCAGUCAUACAACAUCAAUGCAGACAUAGUUGCGGGUGAGGUUGCUGCUGCCUUGGCAGCUGAUAAGUUAAUUCUUUUGACUGAUGUGCCUGGAAUUCUAGAGGAGCGAGAUGAUCCAGGAAGUUUGGUGAAGGAAGUAGAUAUCAAAGGGGCGAGGAGGAUGAUGCAUGAUGGGAAGAUUGCAGGUGGGAUGUUUCAAAAGGUGGAUUGCUGCGUGAGGUCCGUAGCUCAAGGUGUCAGGGCUGCAAGUAUAAUUGAUGGACGAGUACGGCACUCAUUACUCCUCGAGAUUUUCACUGAUGAUGGAGUAGGAACAAUGAUCACUGGAUAAAUUGGGUAGCUUGCACACUGUUUAAAGCUACGUGCCGUUUGGAUUA